AUGUCUUUUCAAGCCAUCAUCGACUACUGCAGACUCCCAUCCAACGCUCGCAGCGUAGCCAAUGUAUGGAUCAACGAAGACAUUCGACCCCUUCCACCCCAUCGUCGGACAUGGACACGAUGGGCCUACAUUUCCUUCUGGGCCAUUAAUCAAAUGUGUCUUUCGAAUUGGCAACUCGGUGCUUCCUUGGUCGCCGCAGGUCUUUCGGUCUGGCAAGCUGUAAUUGCAACCUUCAUUGGCAAGCUCAUUAUCGCCAUGGUGGCCGUCGCGAAUGGAUAUGUUGGUGCUGAGUGGCACAUUGGGUUUCCAGUCGUCAGUCGCUACAUCUGGGGCAUGUAUGGCCAUUAUCUCGCUCUCUUCCAAAGAAUUCUUCUCUCUCUAGUCUGGUUCUCCGUGCAAAGCUGGACCGGAGGACUAUGCGUGCAAAACAUACUCGCAUCCAUGUUCCCGUCAUAUCAACACAUGGGAAACCACUUUCCCGCCUCGGCGAAUAUGAACACGAAGCAGUUCAUUGGCUGGGUGGUCUUCAACGUACUCAUGGUACCCAUCUUGUACGUGAAGCCAGAAAAGAUGCAAUGGGUCGUCGCGGGGAUGAACAUGGUGACAGCAGUGACUCUGAUCUCCAUGUGCAUCUGGAUCAUGGUAACCGCGGGCGGGGGAGGACCACUACUCAGCCAACCCGCAACAGCUCUGAGUAAUUGGGACUUGGGCUGGAGUAUGGUCCACGGUGUCACAACCGUCAUAGGCGGAAUCGCUGUCGGUCUCACAAACCAAAUGGACUACUCUCGUUUCGCGAGGCGUCCGGGAGAUCAGGUCAUGGGCCAGUGGCUCUCGAUUAUAGUGCUGGGUGUCCUCAUGCCCGCUCUCGGAUGUCUGAGUGCUUCUGCAUCACAGGGAGUGUACGGAGAAGCGAUUUGGAAUCCUCCAAAUUUGGUACAGAAAUGGCUGGAUACCGACUACAACUCUCGAUCCCGAGCUGCAGGCUUCUUCGCAGGUUGCGGCCUCGUCAUCUGUCAAUUGGCCAUCAACACCAUCGACAACGCAUUCUCCACCGGCAUGGACAUGGCAGGUCUAUUUCCAUCCUUCAUCAACAUCCGGCGUGGAGCAUACAUUGGCCUGAUUCUCAGCAUUGCAAUGUGUCCCUGGCAAUUACUCAGUGCCGCCAGCACCUUCAUCAGUGUACUCUCCGCAUACUCCGUCUUCCUUGGUCCCAUGGUCGGCAUCAUGAUUUGCGACUACUUCAUCCUGCGCAAGCGACGAGUCAAAUUAUCCGAUCUCUACCAUCCGGGCAAAGACGGUCUGUAUUAUUUCUGGAAUGGCAUCAACUGGCGAAGUUUUGUCUCGUGGGCAAUCGGUUGGUCCUACCUCUUGCCUGGCUUCGCACAUGCUGUGACUCCGAGUAUCAAAGUGCCGGAAGCAUGUACCAAUCUGUACUAUCUCGCUUUUCCUCUGGGCUUUGCCGUGAGUUUCAGCGUGCACUUUUGCAUCAAUACCGCUUUCCCGCCCGUUGGACUGCAAGAGAUUGAUGAUGUCGAUUACUUUGGCACUUUUACCGAAACUGAGGCUGCCAAGAUGGGUGUUGCAGUUUCAGAAACUAUCGAGAGUGAAGAUGGUGGCUCGCCUCCGAAUGAGCUGGAUAAGGGGAAAGCUGGUUUGACGCAAGUUCGGAGUGUAUAGAAUAAUACUUGUACCUGUGUAUGCUGCAGAAUGCUCAAGUCAG